ACCUGUCCAAUGGGAACUCGCUUUACAGGUCAAGGCAAUGAAAAAAUCCCGGGUUCUCCAGUUGCUUGUGUGUCCUUACGGCUGGUGCCUCGCCCAGUGGGUUUGCAAUCAGGCUUGGCGGGUAAAUUCGAAAAUGGCCGUAUUCACACUGGCGAGCUGCUUCUGAUUUGCCCACGUCUCGAGUAUAAGCUGAUAUUGCCUUAUUAACCGCCGAAUACUGCGCGAACAAUCGGACCGAGCUUUGAAAUGCUCAGUUAUAUAGGAAUCAGCAAGAAUGGCCGAUUCCGUAAAAGAGCCAUUGGAACUUGAUAUUGAAAACCUACCUGCCAAGUAUCUAGUUCUUUCUUGCCUAAUACUGUUGGACUACAUCCAUCGACGAAAUCAACCCCAAACCUUAGCAUUCCAGUGAUUAGGUGUAGAGAGUGAGAGAGAGCUGAUUCGGCAAAAUGGUUGGCGGAAGUGCUCAAACGGACAAUAUCGUCCAUCGCAUGGCGAUGGAUGAUAAGAUCCCUUGGUACCAGAAGAGGAACUUGCGCUAUCUGUACUUCAUGCUGUUUCCCUGCCUGAUGGGCAUCGAGAUGACAUCUGGGUUCGAUUCGCAGAUCAUUAACGCCGUCCAGAUCGUGCCCGCCUGGGGUGAAUUUUUCGGACACCCUACUGGUGGCUACAAAGGCAUUCUGGCGUCUGCGCUACCUCUUGGCGCUGUCAUCGGUCUCCCCUUUAUCCCACUUCUGAACGAUAACUUUGGCCGAAGAUGGUGUGUGAUGUUUGGUAGCAUAAUGAUGAUCAUAGGGUCGCUCAUUCAAGGGUUUUCCGUUAAUGGUGCGAUGUACAUCGUCUCCCGACUCAUCAUCGGGUUCGGACUGCCUUACGCUAUUGUUGCCGGAUCUAGUUUGAUUGGAGAGCUGGCGUAUCCCAAAGAGCGUGCUAUUUUAACAUCUUUGUUCAACGCGGCUUAUUUCAUUGGGGCCAUCACGGCUUCGGCUAUCACCUAUGGAACUCAACUCAUUCCGUCAGACUGGUCCUGGAGAGUCCCCUCACUCCUACAAAUGUCGCCCUCUAUAUUACAGGUUGCUCUUGUGCUUUUCCUGCCGGAGAGUCCUAGAUACUUGAUCAGCAAAGAAAGAUACGAGGAGGCGUUCAAGAUUCUAGUUACAUAUCACGCUGAAGGCGACGAGAAUUCGGAAUUCGCGAAAGCAGAAAUGGCCGAGAUCAAAACCACCAUUUCAAUCGAACUAGAAAACUCGAAGCGCUCUUGGCUCGAUAUGAUCAAUACGCCGGGGAACCGCCGUCGUGUGAUUGUCGGUUCUCUUCUUGGAGUUAUGUCGCAGCUUUCCGGCAACGUGGUCAUCUCGUAUUACUUGGGAGAUAUCCUGAACCUGAUCGGGUUUACGGAUCCUUCGUUCCAGGCAAAGUACAACAUCGGAAACCAGUGCCUGGGUCUGGUAUGCGCGGUCUUCACAGCACUUCUGGUCAUGAAAUUCAAGCGUCGGACUAUGUUCUUGACUUCAAUUUUUUCCAUUUUGGUAAUAUAUGUGUCGUGGACGAUCUGUGCAGCUGAGGCCAUUGUUGCGGGAUCAAAGGUCGCUGGAAAACUCUGCCUAUUUUGGAUUUAUGCUUACCAACCUGCGUAUAACAUCGGCUUUAACGCCCUCACAUAUACGUAUCUUGUUGAGAUCUUCCCAUACGCCAUGAGAGCGCGAGGAAUUUCGAUCUUUCAGUUAUUCGGGAAAGCUGCCCAGUUUUUUGGUACGAACGUCAACCCUGUUGGCCUAGAUCCAGUAACCGGCAUCGGCUGGAAGUUUCUGAUCGUGUACUGCUGCUGGAUUGCCGUCGAGGCGUUCCUCAUGUGGUAUCUGUGGCCUGAGACUUCGAACCGUACUCUUGAAGAGCUUGCUUUCUUGUUCGAGGAGGAAGACCGGGCACACGCUGCAACGGUAGUCGAGAAGGAAAUCCACAGCAACGAUGUCAAGCAGACCAAGGAGUCAAACAUAUCAGAAACUGCCAGCAAAGACCAAGACCAAGUUUAGACCUACUGAGGACCACAUGAAGCGUGUGGACAGCUUGUUUGAAUAGGUACCUAGGUACGCAAACCACACCUGGGCAGUUAUGCGUGAACGUUAGGUAUGAAAUUAAGGUGCCUCUGGAAUGGUAUUUUGAGACGUGAGAGAGCUGGUCAAAGAAGAAAUCAAUAGAGAAUUCGUCAGAUAAGUACACGAGAACGCAAACGUAGUGCCUGGUAUUUAGGGCAGCACGUAGUUAGACCGCUGGUCCACGUGACCGUCUAGCAAUCACAUGGCUUUGUUCUGACACUUAUUACUA